CUUUUUGUUGCCAUCAAUUGGAACGCCGGUGGAGGUGGUGCUUUCGCUGUGAUACCACAUAAGAAUGUUGGUAAGUCUUAUGCCAUUCAGAUAAUGUUAUUUGAUGAAUAUUACCGAUUUAAUCUAUUGGAUACGGAUUUUGCGACCUUUAAUGAUUAUGUUAUUGCGUCCGGUUCCGAGGACUCUAAGGUGAUGAUUUGGAAUAUUCCAGAGGAACUUGGAGAACCUGAAUCUCCUGAUAUUGCGCCGGUCGCUAAAUUGAAUGGCCACGGACGGAAAGUGGGUCAUGUUUUAUUCCAUCCCGUAGCGGAUAAUGUACUUGCUUCAACAUCAGCUGACCUUACUGUAAAAUUAUGGGAUAUUGAAAAAGGUCAAGAAAAACAAACACUCCAAGGUUUCUUAGAUUUUAUACAAUCCAUAUCUUGGAAUUAUAAUGGUAGUUUAUUAGCUACGACAUGUCGUGAUAAGAAGCUUAGAAUUUUUGAUGUUCGCUCUGGAAAUGUUGUUCAAGAGGCAUCCACUUAUAAGGUUUCUAGUAAUACCAUUGAACCAAUUUCUUUUGUUGUGCCAAGAAGGUCUGAUGCAUUCCAAUCAGAUUUAUUCCCUCCAGCAUUGAGCGGUGAACCGGCUCUCUCAGCAGACGAAUUUUUUGGUGGUAAAAAUGCCAAACCUAAAACUAUUAGUUUAGAGCAUGGAUUUCAGGCCAAAGGGAAGAAAGAAUUUGUUUCUUCUGCACCAAAGGAAGAAGAACCUGUUGCGCAAACUCCGAAGACUGAAAAAGAAUACCAAGAUGCAUAUCAUCAACUUCGUCAAGAAAAUGAUGAUCUUCGAAAUCAGUUGGCGCAGCGCGAUGUGACAAUUCGAGCAUUAACGAUUCAAUUAGAACAGCUGAAGACAGGAUCAUCUUAA